CAUGAGAUUUUUUCCCACACUUGGUCGAAUUACUCUUCGACAAUGUGUAACGAUCACUCUUGUUUUAAUAUCACUAGUUAUUCUUCUCAAAUCACUUCGUAAGACGGAGCUAAAAAGCUCUUUGGAAAAAUUUCGUGAGAGAGGUUAUGAAUAUGAGGUCAGGAAUGCUUUAGUAAAACUCGAGCAAGAAUGUGAGAGAACGAGAAAGAAAAUUUUCAGCUUUAAUCAAAUGUGCCCCUGUGUUCCUGAAACAUUACGGUCAGUAGAAUUCAAGCAAAGAACCCUCUCUUUGACUGCUAUCCAGGAAGAAUUUCAAGACAAAAUUCAGGGCCAGCCUUAUUCACCCGUCUCAUGUAUUCCUCGGUGGAGCGUGGCAGUUUUUAUAAUCUAUCGACCAGAUGAAGAGCAAUCAUUUAUAAUAGCUAUAAGACAGUUACAUUUCAUUUUGCGAAAACAAUUAUUGGAAUUUCAAAUAUUUUCUUUAAAGCAACAGGGCGAAAGACAAAAUGAUGGAUAUUUAUAUAAUGCCGGAUUUCAAGAAGCCACAAAAUUAUGGCCAAAUUUUGAUUGUCUCAUAUUUUAUGAUUCUCAGCUGUUACUACUAGACGAUAGAAACAUAUUAAGUUGCUCUUUUGCCCCUCGAGACGUUGGCACUUAUGUUGACUCUAAUAACUACACAAACAGUGGAUAUGAUGUAUCCAAUGGCAUUUUCAUUUGUUCGAAACUUGACUUCGUUAGGGUCAAUGGCUUCACCAAUAGCUUUUUCGAUUCAAAAGCUUUUUUCACUGAUUUCAUGAAAAGACUAGAAAUAAAGUUGAAAAGAUAUGUUAAGCGAUUACCGUUCUUGGUCAGUACUGCUACAUCCUCCAUUAGGUGGAAGAGACCAAAUUUAGAUGAUUCACAGUAUGAUUACAGUAGGUUCAAUAGAGAACAUCUAUAUACUUUGGAUGGGCUAUCUUCAACUCAUUAUUCUUUAACAUCUAGGAGACUACGACCCCUAUUCACAGAAUUAAACAUAAAACUAUAUUUUAACCUCUUCGAAAACUUUGAGAAGAAAAAACAAACUUGCGAUGGAGUAAAUACAAACGAUGGAUCCUUCGAAAGUUUAAUUUCGAAAAUGAGUGGAACCUUAUCUGACUGUGCUAUCACAUGCUCCUAUGCACUUGAUUGCAUAGGAUUCGUUUAUCACGAAUUUGAACAUGAAAGUUUUAACUGUUUUCUUGUACAGGAAUGCCUUGAAUUGGAAACUUUACCUGAUGAUGCACACGAUCAAACUGGUGUCAUGAGGGCAAAACUACUCUAUAUAUUCUUAUGUGGAAUAGCCAUUCAUUUAUCCGAUUCACACAUUUGUGAUUUUGUGAUUGAUUUAUGUCGGGGAUACGAGUGUAUUAAACAGGAGAAUAGUACAGAUUUUUACGAUUUUAAAUGUUUGUGCAAACCACCUCGAACUGGAAUCUUUUGUGAAAGACUUAUGCUUGAGUCCACAACCACAACUGAAAUCUUUUCAACAAAUCCAUCAACAAGCUCUCCUAAAACAACCUUGAAUUCUCUACGUGCAGUCGACUUAACCUGCUCUAACAAUUUGAUGAAAGUAAAUCUUAACCGAGAAGAAUUCUAUGAAAGAUACUCAAUUAAUGCCACUAAACUACGACUUAACGGAUGUAAUUCUACUGAUAUCGACAAUGUCAAUGUUCUAUUUCAAUAUAGAUUUGACCAAUGUUCAAUGACAGCUGAGGAGCUUGCUGGACAGAUCAUUUUUCACAACUAUCUCUCCUUGGACGAUAACAGCUGGAAAUUGAAGCUUCGAUGCAACAUAAGUAAAAAUAUCCCUUCCCGAAAUUCUAUUCUGACUCCGAGUUUGUCGGAUUCUUUAACAUACAACCAAUAA